ACAAAAAAGUAGCAAGGGAUACACACGCCCAAAUUCUAUCAUCAUCGUUUAUUUAUAAUUCCUACUUUCUCUCUCUACAAGGACACAGCAGCGUUUCUCUCUCUUGUUUUUCCGAUCAAUGGCGACUGGAUUGGUCCGACGAGCGUUAUCUAGGGUUCCGUCCGUUUCCCCGGCGGCGAGAGCCAUAAUUUACCGAUCCCACGCAUCCGAGGCGGAGGCGCAGCAGGUGGAGCCGAAGGCGAAAACCACCUCCACACCGAAGACCUUCCAAAUCUACCGAUGGAACCCCGAUUCGACGCAGAAACCAGAGCUCAAGGACUACGAUAUCGACCUCAAGGAAUGCGGUCCGAUGGUGCUCGACGCCCUAAUCAAGAUAAAAAACGAGAUCGAUCCAUCCCUGACCUUCCGCCGAUCCUGCCGCGAGGGAAUCUGCGGCUCCUGCGCGAUGAACAUCGACGGCCGGAACGGUUUAGCCUGUCUGACGAAAAUACCCUCGGGCGGCCCAACGAUGGUCACGCCUCUGCCGCACAUGUUCGUGAUUAAGGAUUUGGUGGUGGAUAUGACGAAUUUCUACAACCAGUACAAGUCGAUUGAGCCGUGGCUGAAGAGGAAGACGCCGGCGGAGACUCCGGCGAAGGAGAUUCUGCAGAGCAAGGAUGACAGGAAGAAGCUUGAUGGGAUGUACGAGUGCAUACUGUGUGCCUGCUGUAGCACAUCCUGCCCUAGUUACUGGUGGAACCCUGAGUCUUAUUUGGGUCCGGCUGCUCUUUUGCACGCCAACAGAUGGAUAAUGGACAGUCGAGAUGAGUACACAAAGGAGAGGUUGGAUGCUGUAAACGACGAGUUCAAGCUGUACCGGUGCCACACCAUAUUGAAUUGUGCUAAAGCUUGCCCCAAGGGACUCAAUCCUGGAAUGCAGAUCCAGAAUAUCAAGAAACUCGAGCUCACAUCUUCUUGAUUUCUUAAAUUAUUGGUUUUUCAAGUAUUGAUAUUAUUUUGUGGCAAUAAUGUAAUUUUUUAUUUGCAAAUUUGAUCAGAUUUUAUACCUUAGGAAAGGCGCUCUAGUUCGAAAAUAAUACAUACAUCAUAACCCGUCCUCUAUUAUUUCUAGCAACGGAAAUUUGGAUGUGCUUCGUCGUCGUGCUUGGCAUGUGAUUUUCUUUUGUGUAAACUUGGACAUGUUUGAGGUUUCUUAUGUGUUUCAUUUAGCUAUAUAUUCUAUUUGGAUUCUCCUA